CUUCGUGCACAUGGCACUGUAGGUCUGCCAAGUAGUGUCGGUGUGAUUUACCUCAUGGUUAACGAAGUGGGAUUUAAAAGAGUUGUUGAUUUUAAAACUUUCAAUUAAAAUUUGGGGGAAUCGGAGACACAAGACUCCCAGACUCCUGCGCGCCUCCAAGGCGCAGGUGUGCCAACCAUGUCCACUGGCUCUGCUGCAAGUGAUGCUGAGGACGACGAGACCUGUCACAGGAGGACCACCAUCAAAACCACCUCCUCCUCCUCCUCCUCCUCCUGCAAGAAUACCAGCAGGAAAAGUGCCCGCUUCCACCGGUGUUCCACCGACGAGGAGCGUGGAGAGGACGGCGCGGAGGGGCGGACCGAGCCGGAGCUCGGCCGGCUCUCCAGGACGCACCAGGAGGAGCCUCGGCACACGCAGAGACACGCCGCCAACGCCCGGGAGAGGGCGAGGAUGAGAGUGCUGAGCAAAGCCUUCUCCAGACUAAAAACCACCCUGCCCUGGGUUCCAGCGGACACCAAACUGUCCAAACUGGACACGCUGCGCCUCGCGUCCAGCUACAUCUCCCACCUCAGGCAGCUGCUGGAGGAUGAUCGCUUUGAGAGCCGCUUUGCGCAUCCAGUCAAUCUGACAUGGCCAUUUCUGAUGUCAGGAAGAUCAGAGGAAGACAUCUCCUCCCCCAUCAGACUUUGUGGAGCAACAGCAUAGGACAACUCUCUUCAUGAAGCAGCUCUCCUGGAAACUCAAGACCACUUGAAAAACAGACUCCAGACCAGUCAAGAGACUCAGAAAUGAUCCUCUAGCAAGCUCAUCUCUGAAAAAAAGUCUCUAUAAGUAUAUAAGUAUGACACCUCUUACCACGUUGUGUCUUAAUGCUUUUAUACUUAAAACUGUAAUGUUUUAUCAUGCAUGUAUCACAUUUGUAGUGUGUAUAAUUUUCCAUUUCGCUUUCUUUUACUUGUAAAUU